AUUCUUAUUGCUUCGGCCUGGAUCACAGAUAGAGAAGAUCAUUGUGGCCAAAAAGAGGAUUGCUGUGAACCACCGAAAUCCUGUGAGGGGACGAUGCUUGGCUUAUGCCCUCACGCCCCUCCGGCACUCACGAUGACUUGGCCCUGCUUCAACAAAUCGCCCCGCCGUUUGUCAAAUCUGACUGCCACGUUCGGCGCCGUUUACCGGCGUUUUGCACUUGAACGUAUAAAAGAGCACACGGGGCGAUCUAAAAAUAUCGCAGAAAUCUGUGGGCCAGUCAUUGCAACCAUUGGCCGGACCUAAGUGUGCUGGACCAGAAAUACAGAGCAGCAUGGCGGGCUUCGUGUUGUAACGUAUUUAUUCAGCUGCCAUGGGGACGCCUGCGAAUUUGAUCAUUCAGGGGGCUUUGGCGAUCGCACUUCUGCUUGUGACUGCAUUGCAAGUCGGCGUGGCGGAUACAGAUGCCUUCUUCAGUCUGCGGCAGAGGGAGAACAUUAAAUUCUGGGCUGAUGAACUCGGGGAUGAACUGUGGUACCUGGGGCAAAGUAUUACAAAAGCCACAGAUAUGAAAGCACGCUACAAGAAGUUACAUCUUCGAGUGCAAGAAAAAGAUGGAGAAGCCAUAUUGAAGGAGAUUGUUGACAACGUUCAGAGAAUGUUAGAUCGUAAAAUGGAUGCUGUCAGAUGCAUCGUGAUUGCAGCUGAGGAUGCAGCAGAAUCCUUUAACAGGACUAAUGUACCUGAGAACUACACUUUCUAUAGUGCCAAGGACUCUUAUAUAGCUGGAGACACAGAGCAAAGUGAGAACUUGGAUAACAGUACAUACACGCCCAUGGAGCUGUACACAGAUAGCCAUUUCUACAACAUCCCUGUUAACCUCAAUUACAGCAUCGUGCAUGUACCCACCAAUAUUUAUUAUGAAGAUGAUCCGGUUUAUGAUACUAUUAAGUGGUCAGAGUCCUUGGAUGAUGUUUUCAUACAAAACUAUUAUAGUGAUCCAGCUUUAUCAUUUCAAUACUUUGGUAGUUCAUUAGGAAUCAUGAGAAGUUAUCCAGCCAUGAAGUGGAAACAGGAAAUAGACCUAUUUGACUGUCGCAACAGGUUCUGGUACAUUCAAGCAGCAACCUGCUCUAAGGACAUUGUAAUCCUGAUGGAUAACUCAGGCUCCAUGACUGGGUAUCGAAACACUAUCGCCAGGCUUACUGUCAGCAACAUUCUGGAUACACUAAAUAAUAAUGACUUUGUUAAUGUGUACAACUAUUCUGAGAGGGCUGAUGAGGCUGUUCCAUGCUUCAAGGAAAAGCUGGUUCAGGCUACAUUGGAAAAUGUGAACGCACUGAAAGCUGCAGUUGAGGAUAUUAGGCCGGAAGGUUAUGCAAAUCUGACUCAUGCAUUUACUAAAGCUUUUCAACUACUGGAAAGGUAUCGAGAACUGAGAGGCUGCAAUAACUCCAGCUCUGGCAUGCAGUGUAACCAAGCCAUCAUGCUGGUGACAGAUGGAGUUACAGGAAAUCACACUGAGGUAUUUCAGGCCUGGAACUGGGAUGAAAAUGGCACACACAUUCCAGUACGUGUGUUCACUUUCCUGGUAGGACAAGAAGUGACCAAGGUGCGAGAGAUUCAGUGGAUGGCUUGCCUCAACAGAGGUCUGCAUGUGGUAUUUGUACGUUUGGAGUAUGAUCCUGGCUGUCCCAGCAUGGAUCUGCGAAGGGGCAGUGCAUGGGUCAGGCAGUCAUUGCGGUCUGUGUUACACAUCUUGGACUCUCUGACAUACUGGCUCUUACUGGUCCUAAAUUCAUUAAAAGUGAGAGAGCAGGUAUUCAAGUACAUCCCUGUGAUGGCACGCCCUCUGGUCCUGCAAGGAACAGUGCACCCAACAGUAUGGACGCCUGCAUACGCCGACACAACCGACCCCACCUUAGCCGCAUGGCUAUGGGAUGUGUUGUAUUCUGGAAAACGCAAGAGAAAGUUAUCUAAACUUACUAGCACUAAAGAUCAAUACUUUAGUCAGGGCAAGGAAGAUCAUAUUUAUAUUAGAAAUCCAAACCAGAGAAGUGGCGAUGCAGAUCCCCAACUACAGGAAUACCGCAUCAUGGUGUCCAUUGCUGUGCCUACAUUUGACAGGAAGCUCAACAGUUAUGUUACAAAUGAGACUCGGUUUGCUGAUCUACUUGGUGUAGCUGGAACUGACGUGCCCAUCAAGGAUAUGGAAAAGCUCACGUACAACUACAAGAGUGGUGUUAAUGGCUAUGCAUUUAUUGUAACUAAUAAUGGUUACAUUCUGCUUCAUCCAGAUCUGAGACCAGUGUUCCGUGGCAUUCUCAAGAAGAAUUACAACAGUGUUGACCUUACAGAGGUUGAGUUACUGGAUGACACAAAUGGUCCCCGAAAAUUGAGCCCUGAGAUUGAAGAGCUGCGAAAUGCAAUGGUUAACCAUUCAGAAGGGAAGAUGCUGAAGCUCAGAAUGAAGUUUCAUUAUGAUGAUAUAAGAAGAGUCGCAUUAGAACAUAAGAACUAUUACUUUGCUCCCCUGAAGAGAACGCCAUUCACGAUGGGACUCUCCCUACCAGAUAAAUAUGGAAUGUACUACAUCAAAGCAGGAGAUGAAGUUCAGAAGAGCAGACAUGAAAACAUUUCUAUUAUCAGUUACCUACAGGGCAGUAGCUGGAAAAUCCAUCCUGACUGGACGUACUGCAAGUAUCACCAUCAGACUCAUACAUUUGAAUCUCCUGAGGAUGAAAUGAAGCACUUCCUUGAGAAGAUGAGAGGUCGUGAUUGGGUGUGGGCAGAGCAGUAUGAAUAUUCUGACAAGAAAGAUGAGACCAUGCUUAUGCAAGAUUCAGUCACUUUCUUUGUGGACAAUGGCACUGAAAGUUUUGACUGCAACAGAAGGCCAACAGGAGAAGAUGAAUAUUAUUGUGACAGGGAACUUGUGCAGUUAUUCGUAUUUGAUGCAAGAGUUACGAAGCCUUUCUUCAGUGGGGAAAAAUUGACAGAUCUCGAACAGGAGAUAGUGAAGCUGUACAAUGUUACCCUGAAAUUUGUGUCAACUCAAAGCGGCCUUACCAGGUGGCUCCAUCUUCAGGAACAUACUGAAUCAGAAGAAGAUGCUUUGGACUUCGGUGACCUUCAUACAGAUUCCAUUGAUGAACCAUACUACAGGAGUGCAGUUUUGCAUUAUGGGACUGAUCCAGCAUCAUAUGUCUUUUCAGUGCCAUUUGAUGCAGGACUGAGAGAUGAUGCUGUUGUAAUGGCUAGUCAUGCAAUUUUUCCUCGUGAUGGUGGUAUGGAGGCACCAGCAUCUGUAGUAGGGUUGCAGUUCCAGCAUUCGGCAUUAUUGUCGCGAUUCAUAAGUAUCACUUCUAAGAAAACUUGUCCAACCUGCUAUGAUUGUGCCUCAGAAGAACUAGACUGCUUUGUUCUCGACAACAAUGGCUACAUAGUUCUGGCAGAGGAUAAGAAUCUAACAGGCCGGUUCUUUGGGGAAGUGGAAGGAGCUGUUAUGGAUUCCUUAAGGACUGGCGAUGCUGUUUUUAAGAAAGUAUCAAUUUUUGACUACCAAGGCCUCUGUCUUGAUGACAAAAACCGAACAAGUAACAGUGAUGCCAACUUUAUUCUCACUCCUUUCACCCAUUUCAAACUUCUGGUGCAGUGGGUGUUUGGGCAGUUGUUGUGGCUACUGUUUGACAGUAAUUUGAGUCACCUCUGGUAUGGUACCCAGGCUUCAGCAAGUCCCUUUGGUGAAGCAAUAUAUUAUGACACCUAUGACUUUGAUGACGAGAUGGAAUUUCCGGUGGUUGAUGAAGAUAAAGGCUCCGGCCCAAGGGAGAAAGAAGAGGUAACAUUGGUGCCCCUACCCUGUGACCAGAAGACAAGCCUGUACCUUUUGCAGUAUGAGGGGCUGCAGAAGUAUAAGUACACCAGUGAUGACUGUUCAAGGCCGCACUUGGCACAACGCAUCCCUCACACUAAUCUGGUACUAGUUGUGAUAAAUUCCAUGUUUGAGACAUGUGAGAAGAAAGUGAUGUCUUCACCUGUUGAAAUCCGCUACAAUGGGACAGAUCCUGCUUGUCAGAAACUGUUUCUCAAUGACUUGCCACGCCGAAGACUUUCAGACUGCUUUUCGGAAAACCCAUUGGAACAUGAGGUGAAGCUCUGUGGAGGAUGUGCCAGGGUAAAAACAAACAUAAUCCUAUUUGUCGUGGUCUGGUCUAUGCUCUAUCUGGGAUAUAUGCUGCACCAUUAAAUGAGGCUCAGUAUAUGUUGAGAAAUUUCUGAAACUGUUUGAAAUGAACUGGCAAAUAUCAUAAUACGAGGAUGUACUCAGUGCAGGGAGCGUCUGCAUUCGUUCAUGACUUUUAGAGCAUAGAGCAGAUGAGUGCAUCUCAAAUGACAACACAUAAAUGGCAACAUAUAACACAGUGAAAUAAAACUAAUUUGUUGCACUGCAAUGCUAGAACUUCAGAAACGUAAAAAAGUUCACCAGAAGUGUUUUAAUUUUAUUAAAUAUUAUGUAAAAUCGAAGAGUACUAUCAUCUGGGAUGUGGUGCCAUAUAGUCUAGCAGAAGUUGGCAAUUUUCAGAGGAAUCUAUUGCCCCCAUAUUCAACGUUGAAGAGUAAUCCAAGCAAGGAAAACACAAGCAGAAAAUGGAGUUGCUUAUACCAGACUAUACGGCGUCACAUCCUAGAAGUUAGUAUUCACCACUCUGGAAACCUCAAAUUCAACAUAUAAGUAUAAUGUACACAAUAAUCUAGAAAAUUAAGGUAAUUAAAUAAAAAUAAUUUUUAAACAGUUUUUGAAAGUGAGGUUAAAAUGAAGAUUAUUUUCAGAAAUUGUGGUAGCUGGGGGAGGAAUUUAUUUAUAGUUCCUCUAUUAGAUUUUCAGAAAGAGAUGAUUUUGAACUUUCUGAAUGAUCACUAUUGCAAAUGGUUUACAGUGCCAGUCUGUGGCAGAAGAAUAAUUGAAACUGUGACUGUGAAUGAACAUAGUCAGAGAGUGUUAUUGCAGAAGUUUCCUACACUGAGACAGGAAUGGUAUAUAACACUGAGAAUGUUUGUAAGUGUUCUUUAUUCAGUAUUUUGUAUUUCAAAGCAUAAUGACUUUGUUGUUUGUAAUCUUAGAAAUUUUAGAGGUAUUUGUUAAAAACAUGUUCAGUAUUCUGUACAGUGCACAAGCAUAUCAAUAAGGUGAAACUCUUGUUACAUUUAUUUUC